AAUUUGGUUCCCAGAUUUGGAAGACAAGUUGUUUUUAGAGUCCGCUGCCGGGUGAUCGGGGUUAGUCCGUUUUAGUGUCGUGGUUUCAUUAUAUAUUAUACGAAAUUCUAAGUGUAGAUACGGAUUAUUUAACAACAAAUCGUUGUCAUCUAGAGGCGUGCUACCAGCCGCAGUUUCCACGACGACCUCUCACCAAAACAAAACAAUAUCUCUUCCGCCAGAAUUAAGAGUUAUCGAAAGCCACCUUGCGAAUCGGCACAUAAGGGCAGCUGGUACUUUAAGAGAGCACUCAAUUCUGCAAAAAUAUGGCAGCUACCAGUCAAUUUCUACUCUCGCAAACCAAUAGAGCGAGCGGAAAACUGUGCGCAAUGAAAGCUUUCGGCUGCACGCAGCUUCGGCGUUGGAAGAGUAUCGACCAACGAGGCAGAAGCCAAUUCACAAAGGGAAGAGAGCUCGCUAGUCGUUGUCAAUUCGCGACUGUCGAGGGGUCAUUUCCACGUAGCUUGUGCACCAGCGCGGCAUUUGUACAGUUCCUUACAAAUCCUAGUGCAAAAGAAACUCAGCGCCGAAACAUGUCCACCAACCCGAAGCCUUCAAUUAGCAUAGAUACAAUAAACCCAAAUGUGAAGUUGAUGGAGUACGCGGUCCGUGGACCGCUGGUCAUCCGUGCUGCCGAGAUUGAACGCGAAUUGAAACGAGGCGAGAAGAAACCAUUCACAGAAGUUAUCCGAGCAAAUAUUGGAGACUGUCAUGCUAUGGGACAGAAACCAAUCACAUUCAUCAGGCAGGUACUGGCUCUGGCUGUGAAUCCAUCUCUAAUGGAUAAAGUCGAUUACCCAGAAGACGUAAAAGAUCGAGCGAAACAAAUAUUAUGUGGAUGUCAUGGAGUAUCUCUAGGUUCAUAUACUGAUUCUACUGGAAUUGAAGUGAUUCGCCGUCAAGUCGCUGCAUACAUAGAAGAACGGGACGGUGGUAUCCCAGCAGAUUUUAAUGAUAUUGUACUGACUGCAGGUGCAUCUCCUGGCAUAAAGUCACUUCUUGCAAUGUUCAAUUGUGUUACCGAUGGCAAGCACUCUGGAAUAAUGGUGCCAAUACCUCAAUAUCCGUUGUACUCAGCGACGAUCGUGGAGCAAGGUAUGGAGCAAAUUGGUUACUAUUUAGAUGAAGAUGCAAACUGGGGACUAGACAUCAAUGAAUUAGAACGUGCAAUCAACGAAGGUCGAAAGAAGAGUGCUCCACGUGUUAUUGUAGUGAUAAAUCCCGGAAAUCCCACCGGCCAGGUUCUUACCAGGAAAAAUAUUGAAGAGAUCAUCAAAUUUGCACAUCGUCACAAUCUGUUCAUUUUUGCCGAUGAAGUCUAUCAGCACAAUGUUUAUGACAAGGACUCGAAAUUCCAUUCGUUCAAGAAAGUUUUAACAGAAAUGGGAGAGCCUUACAGCAAAAUGCAAUUGGCCAGCUUUAUGUCUUGUUCAAAAGGCUACAUGGGUGAAUGCGGUAUUCGUGGAGGUUAUGCAGAAAUUGUUAACAUGCCUGCAGACGUUAAAGCCAUGUUCUUCAAAUCACUCUCAGCUCAGUUAUGUUCUACAACCAUUGGCCAAGCGGCAACAUUUUGUAUUGUCAACCCGCCGAGACCAGGUGAACCAUCUUACGAACUGUACGCGAAGGAGAGAUCUGAUGUUCUUAAUUCCUUGAAAGAGAGAGCUGCGCUCGUGCACAAAAUGUUCAACUCUUUCGAAGGUUUCAAAUGCAAUACUGUCCAAGGCGCUAUGUAUGCUUUCCCACAGUUAACACUUCCACCGAAAGCAAUCGAACAAGCCAAGAAAGCGAAUAAAGCUCCUGAUGUAUUUUACGCGUUUGAACUUCUCGAAAACACAGGCGUUUGCAUCGUGCCAGGUUCAGGUUUCGGACAAAAGCCCGGAACGUACCAUUUCAGAACAACGAUUUUACCACAAACGGAAAAACUAAAGGAAAUGCUUCAAAAGUUCCAGAAAUUCCACGUUCAAUUUAUGGAAAAAUACAAAUAAACGGUCCGCGUAUAAACGUAUAGCAAAUAAAAAUCUCCAGAUAAUAUAAUGUUUAGUUGAUAAAAAAUAUUCAAAUACACUCUUAUACUCAAAGCUAACUAGAUUUUACAGUGGAACAAGCAAUGGAGACAUUCUAGUUUAUUUGUUUUGCAACUAUACGCUGCCAAGUUUACGUAUCGUAAUUGAACUUAGUAUUCAACGUACAAACUUAAUUGGCUAAAAGUGGAACACCGUGAGGUGUGCCUAGUAGAAUUAUUAUGUGAGGAAACUAAGUUUCUGAUCAGAAAGUAAAUCAAUACAGAUGUUAAUGCUAACAGAUGCAAUUAUGUAUUAAAUUGUUUAGGAUGUUAAAGUAUGAUAUAUACAUGCAAAAAAAAAUCUAGAAAAUGAAUAUGAAUCAUAUACCAUUUGUUUGCAUAUCAGAUUUGUUUGAUUGUUUUUAAAUUGACUGUGAAAAUUGCAUUUACCUUUUGUUACCCAUUCGAAAAUUAACAAGUGGCACUGUUAUUUUAUGAACGAAAAUUAAAAGACAAUAAAAUUGGGAGCUUUUGUGUCCGCUGGUAGGCACAUGGUUUCAUAUUAAAUUGUUGUUUGUAAAUUGUGGAAAUGAUAUUUCAAUAAAGUUUUUUGUUUCGAAA